AUGAACGAAACGAGCAUUUCUGCCGAAGGGAGAGAAGUAGGCGAAAAAAUGGAUGACAAUGAAAACUAUAUUGAGUACUCGAAAAUGAACUUUUCGCAAUUCACUUCCCCAUUUUCUGCUGGGCCAUUGGCAGCAGCGAAUCAGUUUGCGGCAAAGUUCCCACAGAACCUAUCGACGACGGCCGGCAAUGGACAGGUCCUCGGAUUACUAUCUGGUGGCGGCGAAGGUGGCGUACCAAUGCUGCGCCAAGUGGACGGAGCGGCAGUGAGCGCGGCAUCGGCCGUCUUCGGCCACCACCAAUCGCAGCAAGGGCAAACGGUGACGGCGGGUAGUAUGCAGCACGCGCAAAUGUCCACUCCAGCCUACAUUACGCUGCCAAUCACGAUGCCUGGUGCCAAGCCGGGUGACGCGCAGCAAACCGUACAGAUUCAGGUGCUCAACCCAAACCCUCUGCCCGCCCAGGUGACGACAACAACGUCAGGAACGGCGACCGCGGGUCAAACGGCCAUCCAGACACCGAAGUUUCAAAUGGGCCAGAUGCAAAUACCCAUCCAAGGCUUCCAGCAGGGCACAACGGUACUGACGGUAGCGUACAGUCCCCAGGACGAGGAAGUUAUCCACAACCAUGGUCUCCCGGAGGGCAUGACCAUUGUGGCCGCACUCCAGCCGCAGGAUCUGCAGCUACUUGCUUCGCAGAACGCCGGCACCGCAGCGAUCCUUCAACAGCAGCAACAGCAAGCACAAUCCGGCCUAUCCGCGAACACAACAACAAAGGUGGACAGUGAAAACCCACCACCAUUGCGACAAAUCAAGCAAGAAUCGAGUGGCCCACUGUGGAAUCAGUCCGCCCUGGUUCCGUCGUCGCUGUUGUCCGGCGAGCUGACGGAGCUGUUGCAGCAACAGCAGCAACAAUCGCGCACCCAUAACCUCAACCUGCAGCCAUACUUGAAGUUCAACCACAACAACAACUUGAACGGAAACCACCCACACCUGGUGCUACCGUCCGGCCUCACGAUAGGUGGCGGCACGGUCAUAAAGCAGGAAAUAACGGACGAUCAUUCCAACGAAAACACCCAAUACGGUGUGGCGGACAGCAGUAGCGGCAGCGGGCUGAAGGAGAACGGUGGCUCGCCGGGUGCGACUGGCCGGGAGAACGACGGAACGGAAGGCGGUGCGGCGGCGGGCACGAACGGCAACGGGUCGGCGGGCACGGGCAAGGCGCGCAAGAAACGGAAGUACAAAACGAAACCACCGAAACCGAAGCGACAAAAGCCGGGACAAGUGCACAUUACGACCGCGCUCGACGGGACGGUGCUGUUCUGUUGCCCCGAGUGCCACAUGGCGUACCCGGAGAAGGAGUGCCUGGAGCAGCACCUGGUAGUGCACAAGAUCGAGCGGCGGUUCAUAUGUGAUAUCUGCGGCGCGGGCCUGAAGCGAAAGGAGCACCUCGAGCGGCACAAGCUCGGCCACAACCCGGAGCGCCCGUACAUCUGCAGCGUGUGCAUGAAGGGGUUCAAACGGAAGGAGCACCUCAAUCUGCACUUUGUCAUCCACAGUGGCGUGAAGACGGAGAUAUGCAACGAUUGUGGGAAAGGCUUCUAUCGCAAAGAUCAUUUACGGAAGCACAUAAAAUCUCACCUGACGAGGCGGCUGAAGGAGGAAAAGGCAUCCAGUCGCAACAACAACAACAACAACAAUAGCAACAGCAACAACCGCAACAACAACAGCAACGGCGGAACGGUCGGUACCACGAUCACUCCGCUCAGUAGUGCCGGUGCGACGAACGCCAUCAUCAGUCUGCCGUCGGGAAUUCCUCCCGGGCUGACGAUCACAACGAGCAGUUCAAACCUGCUGGCCGGUGGACAGCAACCACCAUCGAUCGUAAGCACGGCAUCCGCAACACACAAUCUGCUACAGAGUGCGAUCAGUUUACCGCAAGGUGUAACGAUACACGUACCGACGGCCGAUAACCAAACGCUGCCGGUGCAAAUCACUCUUCCCCAUUUGGUGGCGCAGCAGCACACCGAGCCUGACGGCAGUACAAGCACGGUCCUGGUGCCCACCAGCACGGCCAGCUCUUCCCAGUCGGACGGCCUACAUCAGCUGCACCAUCCGGUGCAUUCGUCGAGUGCUUCCACCACGUCCGCUUCGCUCAGCUCGUCGGCUGCGUCCUUAUAAUGCGCGGCAGCGACGGCGCACAAACAAAUCGCAAACAAACGGCCUCACCGUCGACCGGUUGGGGGUUGUGAGAUCACGCGAUCCGCUUCUCCGUCGACGAUGGUCAGCCAAUGCAUCGUGGUACCUGCUAAUGAAAGGGUGAAAGGGAGCUUUUAAGUUCAUCCGCUUUCUGUCCUCCCGCCCCGGUGGUGGACAAUACGAUGACGGGUGCUGCAAUACUCAGCCAACAAGCGCGAAGGUGGUGUUUUUUGCGUGAACGGAUCGCUUGUUGUUCGGACAGUGGCAUUUGUUUUCGUUUUUAUAUGAUUAGAUUUUUUUUUACUACUAUCCGCACUAUCACAUUAUGAGUAACUCUCUUCAUUACGAAUUGCGUUCGAGGCAUCGUAGUUUGUUGAGAAUCGUUAUGCGUUUGUUUUACUAAGUCCUUGCGUCGUCAGCACCACGGAGCCGGCGGCUCAUGUAGUGCUGUUCGUUUGUUGAUCUGUACUUUACUCUCCCUUUCGCUGUAUUGAUAUAUGUUGAUGUAUGUUUUUUUUUAAUAUUUAACACUCCUUUUAGGCUUUUAGUUGUCGAGGCAAAUCAAGCGUACGAUAAGAAAGUAUAUUUAUU